UUCUCCGCUAAGUGUAUAAAUUAUCUAAAUGUGGAAACCAAUCAUAACAAAUAAUCAUGGGCUGAUUCACUGACCUGCUUUGUCUACUAAACAUACCUAUGCAUUGAAAACCAACAACGCAUUUGUUGCCGGCGGAAAUCCGCGUGGCGUUUUGGCCCGCCGUCGCGUCGAAGACGCACGCUUUUUAGCACUGAAAUUUCGCAAGUAUAUCCAUUUACAUUCUGGAGCAAGUGUUUUCGUCAUUGCGCACGUGUUUCUCCCAGUGUGGCAUGUGCGCAUCUGAGCCCUCGAUAACUGCGGGUUGGACGGCAUUCAGAGAGUAGCUUGUACUUCGAUAAACGUGCUUUUGUGAAGUCUUGAGCCAUUAAGCAGGGAUAAUUUAUAACGACAGAAUUAAUGUCAUUGAGUUCAUAAGCCUCUUUUGCAAUUCUUUGACCUCUUUCUAGAUAUAUUUAUGCGAUAAACUUUUUGUGCCAUUUUCCAGGCGUUUAAUUACACAAACGUUUAAAUUUUCAGUUGUAUUAAAAAUGAUAAAGACUUUUAUAGAUAAAAUUUUCAAUUCGCGUGAGUACAGUAUACCUAGUACAAUUCUUGAGUGUAAUUCCGCUUACAGUAUAUACAAUUCUCGAGUUUCAUUUCUUCAAAGAAAAAUAUUCAUAUAUUACUCCUUGCAUUCCUGUUACUUUACUUAGCAUUGAGUUAAGUUGAAGUGAAAUGUCCGCAGUAAAUUAGUAUUUGUGAUGAGUCAUCGCGUUUACCGAGCUGACGGAAUCUAUCAUCUCGUCAGAACCACUCAACUACCAACAAUAAAUUUAAACGAAUUUUUGUCGUUAACGUUAUAUAAUAAUAUUGGCUCAUUAUUUAAAACGUAAUGACAACUUUUUUAGCAAUAAAGAUUUAAUUAAGAUUUCGACCAGCCUUCAUUAAUUUCUAUCAACCAUUUGCUUAUUUAUAUAUGUCAGCUAUAUAUCCAAGGUAAUUCAAUAUAUGGCAAGAAUUGUAUUUUAUAGAAAACAAAUCUUUUUUUAUUAUACGUUUAAGCAAUCUGUGCCAUUUAUGGCACCUGUUAUGUGGUAUAGCGUUUUAUGAAUAAUCGAAACUUAUUGCGCGGGCGAAUUUUAGUGCUCACAGCAUCUGGCGAGUGUGUGGGAGUUCGGGGAGUUACAUUUUACAGCGGGAAUUAUAUUGCUGGACCACCGAGUCACCAGCGUCAGUCUUUCUCCGUCAUCUGUUCGGAUCUGUGUAAACGAAACGAUAUCUUCGGCAUAGUCGCGAUACUCGUAAAAUUAGAUAAACUUUUAAAUCGUGUGUCACAUGAUGUCGCUUAUGUGGAUGAAUUAUGUAAAAGGCAAAACAAAAAAACGACACGUCAGACGAAAACGUGAAAUUUGCAGACACAUGAGAGACGACAGGAGAACAUCGAUGGAAGGUGAGAGACUUAGCGACAAUAGUGGCGGUGGCGGCGGUGGUGGUGAUGGUGGUGGUGGUGGUGGAAUUAUUGACGGAAAUGGAAGUCGUCCCCUUUCGCAGACGUCUAGCGAGAUGGAUACUCUUGGACCAUUACAACCUGUUAAACAUCGCGAAAAGGCAAAACUUCAGAGGCCACUCACGAGAUAUCUUCCGAUCAAAUCGGAGUCUUUGGAUCUAAGGCAUCACAUAGAAACUGCUGGACACCAGUUACCUUUAAUUUAUGAUGUUACGGUCGACACGACAAGUUGCAGCGGAUAUUUAUCAAAGAUGAGUAAGAAAUUUCAUCAUUGGAACAAGCGAUGGUUUGUUUUUGAUCGCAGACGGAAGACGUUAUCUUACUACAGCGAUAAUACGUCCAGAAAAGCUCGCGGUAUAAUUUACUUCCAGUCAAUUGAAGAAGUCUAUGUGGACCAUAUGAACACUGUCCGAUCGCCACAGCCGUCCCUCACCUUCAUCGUUAAAACUACGUCAAGACUUUACCACCUCAUGGCACCUAGCCCGGAAGCUAUGCGUGUUUGGGUGGACGUGGUGUUUACCGGAGCAGAAGGAUAUCACGAGUUUGAACACGAUGUUUAAUUUACACUUAUUUACAAAACAAAUUUCCAGAAACCAGAGUCAAAUUUUCUAAUUUAACGUAACACGAAAAUACAGUAAUUUCUGAUCUUUGAUAAUUAUAAUUAUUUUAGAAGAAAAAUUAUGCCUAAAAUAAAAAUAAUUUUUGGCUAAAAAUACAAAUGAAUAAUGCAUAAAGUACAUAAGAUAUGAAUUCAAAAUAACACAAUUAUUAUUUCAAUGUCUCGGAAACUUCUAAUGAUUUUAAGUUAUAAUAGAACAUUUUUUAUGUGUUAGAGAUAAUAUACCUUAUUCUGCAUUUCUGUAUAUUAAUCUUUAUGAGAGACAAAUACGAGAUAACUUCCGAAAGUAGAAAUGUGCGCGAGAAUUAAACUGCUGCUGAAAA